AUGGCUGGUCCUAGCCUCUAUUCCGUUGCGUCCAAAGUAUAUUCACCGGAGGAUCCGUGCAUAAAAUCUUAUGAAGACCUGAUUGUAUUGCUGAAAAAGUAUUUAGAACCAACGGUUAAUGUUGUAGCCGAACGCUACAAAUUUAGGCAAUGCGAGCAGUCCGGUUCUCAGUCUAUUUCGGAAUUCAUCAUUCAGUUAAAAGCUGAGUCUCAUCGUUGUAAUUUAGCCGCGUUUCUGCCCGAAGCCUUACGGGAUCAAUUUGUCGCCGGAGUCGGAGACGUCAAGUUGCGGACUAAGCUCUUUGGAGAAUUUGAUCUCACCUUUGAGAAAGCCUGCACUGUGGCCUGCAGUCACGAACCUGCCGAACAGGAGUCGAAAGUGAUGAAAGGAACAUCAAAAAUAGCUACUUUGGGAGAACAAUCGCAUCAAAAACCGUGUCACAAUCCGGAAACGUGUCCAGCCAAGCAGUGGACAUACUAUGUAUGUGGAAAGUCCGGCCAUAUUUCUACUAUGUGUAAGUCAUCGGAGAGUUACCAGGAGUCUACAAAUAGUCAAAGCCGCGUUGCUGAAAUGUCAGAAGCUGUGAACGACUGGAGAUUGAAUCUCAUGUCAAAAGUCGUCGAAGAAUAA